AUGGCUCUAGUUCUGGUCCUCGUUCUCUGUGUCUCCUGCUUGUUUCUGUUUUCACUCUGGAAGCAGAAUAAUGGGAAAGGGAAGCUCCCACCUGGCCCCACUCCUCUCCCACUUAUUGGAAAUAGUCUGCAGUUGAAUUUUAAGAAUAUCAGCAAAUCUCUAAAUGAUAUAUCAAAAGUCUAUGGUCCGGUGUUCACACUUUAUUUUGGCAUGACGCCCACAGUGGUGUUGCAUGGAUAUGAAGCACUAAAGGAAGCUUUGAUUGAUCAUGGAGAAGAGUUUGCUGGCAGAGGCUGUUUCCCACUGGGUGAAAAAACCAAUAAAGGACAUGGAAUCCUUUUUAGCAACGGAAAGACAUGGAAGGAAAUGCGGCACUUCUCACUCACAACUCUGCGGAAUUUCGGCAUGGGGAAGAAGAGCAUGGAGGAGUGUAUCCAGCAGGAAGCCCACACUCUGGUGGAGGAGCUCAGAAAAACCAAUGGCUCACCCUGUGAUCCCAUCUUCAUCCUGACCUGUGCUCCCUUCAAUGUAAUCUGCUCCAUCAUUUUCCACCACCAUUUUGAUUAUACGGACAAAGAUUUUCUUAUCUUAAUAGAAAGAUUAAAUGAAAACAUGCAUAUUCUGGGCUCUCCUUGGAUCCAGGUCUGCAACACUUUCCCCAUACUUAUGGACUGCUUGCCAGGGAGUCACAAUAAAUUUAUUGACAAUAUUCUUUACUUCGAUUAUUAUUUUGGGAAGAAAAUAAAAGAACACCAAGAAACCCUAGACAUUAACAAUCCACGGGACUUCAUUGAUUGCUUCCUGAUCAAAAUGGAGCAGGAAAAGCACAAUAAACAAACUGAAUUUACCAUUGAAAACUUGAUAGUGAUGAUAAGCGACAUAUUUGGAGCUGGAACAGAGACAACAAGUACCACCCUGAGAUACGGACUCUUGAUCCUGAUGAAGCACCCUGAGGUCACAGCUAAAGUCCAAGAAGAGAUUGACUGUGUGAUUGGCAGACACAGAAGCCCCAGUAUGCAGGACAGAGUCAACAUGCCUUACAUGGAUGCUGUGGUACAUGAGAUCCAGAGAUACAGUGACCUCACACCUACCAGUUUGCCCCAUUCGGUGACUUGUGAUGUCAGAUUCAGAAACUACCUCCUCCCCAAGGGUACAAGCAUAUUAGCAUCAAUGACUUCUGCUCACCAUGAUAAUAAAGAAUUCCCCAACCCAGAAACAUUUGACCCUGGUCACUUUCUGGAUGAGCGUGGCAACUUUAAGAAGAGUGAUUACUUCAUGGCUUUCUCAGCAGGAAAACGAAAUUGUGUGGGAGAAGGUCUGGCCCGCAUGGAGCUGUUUUUAUUCCUGACCACCAUUUUACAGAGAUUUACCUUGAAGCCUCUGGUUAACCCAGAAGACAUUGACAUUACCCCAGUUAACCGUGGAGUUUCAUCUGUGCCACCCUCCUUCCAGGUCUGCUUCAUUCCUAUCUAA